GUCUCUUUUGCCGACACAUUUUAAUCAGUUUUUAAAGAAUUAAACCGCGUAUCCAAUUAUUUUGUAAUUGUUAAUACCAGCUGUACCGAAGCGAUCACAGCCAGACACGAUGCAAGGGAGUAAUUGCGACUAUGGCGGGUCCAAAGGACUCAAAAUGGGAACGACAAUAAUAGCCAUAGAGUUCGAUGGUGGAGUAGUGCUUGGUUCCGACUCUAGAGUUUCUGCAGGGGAGACAGUGGUGAAUCGUGUGAUGAACAAGCUCUCCCCCCUCCAUGACAAGAUCUAUUGCGCUCUGUCUGGAUCAGCAGCGGAUGCUCAAACCAUUGCUGAGAUAGUCAACUACCAACUGGAUGUGCACAGCAUUGAGGUGGACGAAGAACCCCUGGUGUGCUCAGCAGCAACUCUUGUGAAAAACAUAUCUUACAAAUACAAAGAGGAACUUUCUGCUCAUCUCAUUGUGGGUGGAUGGGACAAGAAAGACGGGGGACAGGUCUAUGCGACCCUUAAUGGGUUAAUUACCAGACAACCGUUUGCAGUGGGUGGCUCUGGAAGUUUUUAUAUCUAUGGCUUUGUGGAUGCUGAAUACAGACCACGCAUGACCAGACAGGAGAGCCAAGAGUUUGUGAUCAACAGUCUGUCACUGGCAAUGAGCAGAGAUGGUUCCAGCGGGGGUGUGGCCUACCUUGUUACCAUUGACAGUGAAGGCGUGGAAGAGAAAUGUGUUCUCGGAAACCAGCUUCCUACAUUCUAUGAUCCAGAUAUAAUGGAGCCAUCCAAGGCAGCAAAAGUGUGAACAAAAAUUAUGUUUAAUGCAUUUGUAUGAUUUAUCAAUAAAAACAUUCUCUCAUUU